UUGUGGAUUUAUUAUUCCACAUGUCCGCGUUAGGGCUGCACUGCAAGGCUGCUGACAGUCUCUGCAACACUGACAGGAGGAGUUCAUGCUGCAGUUUCUUUUUUUCUCUCUCUCGGUUCACUUAAAGGUAACGGUGAUUUCACUUUCAGGAGGUAAAAGGCGUGAAGACGCAACUGUUUGGAGGAAAUUAUGAGGAAGGCAGAGCUGUGAUUUUUGUUCCUUUUCACUUCCGAGGCAGAAGGGGUGUCAGCCUCCAGUCCUCAAGGGCCGGUGUCCUGCAACUUCUAGAUGUGCCUCUGCUUGACCACACCUGAAUUGAAUAAUUGGGUCAUUAAGGCUCUGGAGAACUGACCUACACAAGGAGGAGUUUAGGAAGGGAUGGAAAACAAAGCCAUGUAUCUGAGCACAAAUGAGGAAAGAGAGAGCAGCUCCAUGUAUGAGGAAGUCUACGAUGGACACAACUUGUCCAAACUCAACCUUUGUGAUGAAGUGUGCGCAAAGCGCCGCAGGAAGCAGGACCAGCACUGCAGUCUCCUGAACUCCCUGUCGGCCAUCAAAUAUGCGAUUGUGUCCUUGUACGUCCUGGUUCUGCUGACCAUCUUUGGACUCUGCUUGGCAGUGUCCCGGUCCCAGGUUUCCUCCCAGCGCCAGGAGGUUCUGACGGAGAACGUGACUCGGACGUCGGACCACGCCAGCGUCCUCCAGCAGACGCUGGGCGAGUCGUCCACGCAGGCCGACCUGCUGGAAAACAUCUGGAAGCUGGAAAGCCUCUUCCAGAACCACAGCAGCUGGCUGCAGCGGCUGGAGAUCCUCAUCAAGGGUCUGGAGGUCGACCUGCGGAGCAUCCAGGCGAACUCUCUGCAGUCAGAAGGUUACCUGGUCCAGCUGGACGACCGUCUGUCCUCCUUCAGCAGCUCCGCUGGCAGGAACCUGACCGUCCUGAGCGUGGACGUGGCCCGGACCUCCAGGUGGCUCCGCGACCACGACGUCCUGCUGAGGGACGCGUCAGGACAUUUGAAUGGACUCAGAGAGAAACUGGACGAAGUCAACUGGACUGUUGGAGCUGUAAAUCACACCUUCACCAACGACAUCAGCAUUCAUCACCUUAAAAUAAAAGACCUGCAGAUACAGAUCCACAACAUCACAGACGACACCAGCAGUUUAUGGGUGACACACAUCCACACGGAGACGCAGCUGAGGAACGAGAUGGAGAUCCUGAACUCCAUCACAGAGGAUCUGCGGCUGAAGGACUGGGAGCACUCCAUGAACCUGAAGAACCUCACGAUGCUAGAGGGACCUCCAGGCCCAAAGGGUGAAAAGGGAGACGCUGGACAAACGGGCCAUCCUGGCGUUCCCGGGAUCUCUGGCCUGCAAGGACUUGCAGGAGAGAAAGGAAUGCAAGGCCCCCGCGGCGUGCAAGGAUCUCCUGGGGCCGAUGGUCCACGGGGAGAGAAGGGUGAACGCGGACCAGUUGGGCCUAAAGGUGACAGAGGAGAUAGAGGCUUCAAAGGGGAUAAAGGUGAUCGAGGCGACAGAGGAGAACGAACAGUCCAGGAGGCGCUGGUCCGCUUGGUGAACGGGUCGGGUCCCCAUGAGGGACGCGUGGAGGUGUUUCACGAGCGCCGAUGGGGGACGGUGUGUGACGACGUCUGGGACCAAAAGGAUGGAGACGUCGUCUGUAGGAUGCUGGGAUACGGAGGAGCAACAGAGGUCCAUAAGACCGGCCGUUUUGGACAGGGUACUGGUGUGAUCUGGAUGGACGACGUUGCUUGCAUUGGGACUGAAGUAACCAUCCACCAGUGUAAGUUUUCCGGCUGGGCCAAAACGAACUGCGGCCAUGUUGAGGACGCCGGCGUAACCUGUGCAGUGUGAACAUGCAGGAUCAUCGCUGUCGUAUUGACUUUUCUCCAUGCCAGGCCUUUUUCUGUACCACUUUUUUCCAAGGAGUGCCUUUUUAUCAGUAUCGUUGCUCACUUGCCACCAAAAAGUGCCGCCUAACCAGAUAAAAACAAAAUUUUUCAUGUACUUUUAUGGGUUCAUGAGAAGUACAAAAACUGAAGGACCGUGUUAUUUUUCAUGAUCUGCACUUAUAGAACACGGAUUGCAUGGCUGUUUGAUUCCUUCUGCUCACCGUAUAAGAAGAAGAGAAACUGAGUCUCAGUUCUGGAUAUUUUGACUGAAGAGGGACUUUCACAAAUCAUUUUACCCACCUAAAAACAAGGAUGAAAUCUCUUGAGGAAAGACAGACUGUCAAUGAUUUGACUUUCCUUUACCAGCAGCUGCUUUUUACAGCAAAAUAUUCAAAGGGCUUUUACAGAGUGGGCCGGAUUUACAUACUGUCUUACCUUUCAGCCUGUAAAACACUUGGAGUUUGAAGGUCAAAAGACGCCUCAAAGCAUGCAGAGAAAAAAAUGAUAAUAUUCCUUCUUUCAGUUUAGUUUUUAUUGAGGUCAUUUAAAAUAAUAGUUUUCAAAAAGGCUGACAUUUGUUUUAUCUUUUAAAGUGGUCUUAAUCUAAUUGCUUUUCAGGCUUUUUAAAGGCAUUUAAAAUAUUUUUAGGAAAACCGGAUGCUUUUUUAACUCAUUUGUGGUCAUAAUAAAUAACACACAGCUGUGUGUUUUUAAAAAAGAAACAAGAAACUCGUGGUGGAUAAAGGAUAGUGACUAUCUUAAGCUGAUCAGAAGUUUCUGCAAGUAUUUUUGGUCUAAUUUCUAGUGCAAAUAUCUCAGAACACUUAACAUAGUAAUUAACAUUUAUAACAAGACAUUUUUCCAUUUUAUACAUUAAAUAAUUUGCCAAUGGAACUUGUGAUUUUUACAGAAAUAGUUAGGAAGUAUUGACUUAGAUCAAGCUCGUAUAUCUUCUUUAAUAGUUACUUGUAAGUUAGUUGUGUCUUAUUUUAAGUGUAUUAAGAUAUUUACAGUAGGAAUUAGACAGAAAUACUUGGUAAGAUUUUGUGUUUUUGCAGUGCAUGUGUGGAAUCCAGGUGAAGGGGAUAAAUGCCUUUUUAAAAAGCUAUUGGUGUAAAAAUAGCAGCUAAUAUCCAAAGACCUUCACACAGUCUGUAAAACUUUUAGCCAUGACCACUUUAAAAACAAUCCAAGUAAAUCUGUAAGGAAAAUGUGGAUAACUUGCACUGUUUUUUCUGAUUGUUUAUUUCAGUCUUUUAAGAUCUAAUCUCCUGUUUACUGGGAUUUAUUUAGUGGAACCUCAUUUAGUUAAUAUCUCCAUAUACUGUGUAUACAGAAUACAUUUUUGCUAAUAUGCAGUGCCUUGCAAAAAAUAUCCCACUGUAUUUACAAUUUAGGUGACUUCUGAAGGCAAGUGGUGGCACUGUACUUUAUUUUAGGGGUAUCAAAGUUGCAGGGGGUGAAUUAAAAUGUACACUGCUGUUUACAGAUUUUUAUUAAUAAAAGAAAUUUAGACACUA